ACGAGUUGUUUUCGUUUUUAUCAGGGAGGACUGGUAUUGUUUUCGUCUUUGCCUUGAAAAUAAAUGGCUUUGGAAAGCGAGGACAACCAAAAAAGGACGGCUGGAAGUUCUGGUCCAGAGACCGAUGUUGACCCGCAGACCCCAGUUCUGCGCAUCAGCCAGCUGGAUGCCCUCGAGCUAGACUCAUCCCUAGAGCAGCUGGUAUGGAACCAGUUCUCCCAGUGCUUCCACAACUGCCGCCCAGGCCUGCUCACCCCGUUGGAGCCCGAACUGAGGGUCCUGCUCCAUUUGCUCCUAUGGAGGUUCACACUUUAUUCCAGCAGUGUCACCGUGGGCCAAUCCUUACUGAGUCUACGCUACCACAACACCCUCUCCACGUCUCCCCGGUACAGACCUCUGUCUCGCAGGCAGAAACUGGGACUGGCCCUGCUCACGGCAGGUCCUCGCUGGCUCCAGGAGCGCUCCCACAGCCUGCUGCUGUGCUUGAGUUCAGGAGGGCCUGUGUCUGAAGGAGACGGUGGUUUACUCCAACAGGGUCUCCGCAAUUGCCUGACCUUUGUUUCUAGUAUCACACAGCUCGCAAGUCUCAUCAACUUCCUUGUGUUCCUGAGAAAAGGUCGCCAUCCUGUGCUGGCCGAAAGGAUUGUGGGAGCUCGGGCGGUUUUCAGUCAGCCCAACGUGGUCCGGGACGUAACCUACCAGUAUAUGAACCGCGAGCUGCUGUGGCACGGCUUCGCUGAGUUCCUCAUCUUCCUCUUACCCCUGAUCAAUACAAGGAAGCUAAAGGCAACCGUGUUAUCAAUUAUUUUGGGGGGAGGCGGUGCGGAUAGAGACGGGGCGACAGAAGGGCAAGGCGUGUGGAAAGAGUGCGGACUGUGUGGAGAGUGGCCCACCAUGCCUCACACGGUGGGCUGCCAACAUGUAUUCUGCUACUACUGCAUCAAGAGCCACAGCAUCGCAGACGCUUACCUCACCUGCCCCAAAUGUGGAGUAGAGGCAGGGCAGCCUGAGCCGGUCAAGAUGGAGGUGGAGAUGAUUGGCAGAUGAUCAUUUGAAGUAUCAGAAAUUUGACUGAGUUUAUUUUGUAAUUUCAGGGACUUAAUAUAAAUACAAUGAUGGUCCAUGUCUUUAUAGCUGCACAUAUAGAAUACACAUAUUAACAUAAUCAUGAUUAACCACAUUUGUAUUAUAAUGUAAAUGUAUCUUUAAAGAUUUCCACAUUUUUAAAAAAAAAUGUAUUUAAAAGAAAUCAACUUAUCAUGUAAGAAUAUUUUGAAAAGUAUUCUAAACAUGAAAAACAAAUGGGGUUUAAUAGUCACAGAUUCAAGAUAUAGUGGUGUAUGAGUUUAUGACCUGACUUCAGUCUUUAUGAUGUCUGUCUUUCCUGAACACACAUAGACCUGCUAUGUUUAAUAUAUGUGUGCAUAUAUUGACAAUCCUCGGCCCCUUCCGUUUCUCCGACUGGACUUUGGACAGAAUUAUUUGUCUUUGGUGCACUGGACAGACUACAGAGAACCACACAGCAUAUAUUUGAUGAGUGAACGUGUUGAUUUAUGCUCCAAAUUGGUUUGUGUGUGUGUCUGUGUGUGUGUUUUUGUUGAAAUGGGAAUAUUUGUUCUGAUGAAAAAUGCAGAAAGUCAGCUGAAUUAAUAAUGGGAGGAAUUUCUGAUGCUUCUCAUCAUGGCCAAAUUAGCAUUUGUUGUGUAUUUUGUGCCUAAAUUGUAUUUCAACAUCAUUAAAAUUGAUA